CAGACCGCCCCGCAGCGCAGCUCUGCUUUUGUGUGUGUGUGAUGGGAGAGCACUCGUUGAAACCCAGGUGCUCAAAGCAGAGCUACUGCUGUGCGCACACAACAAUAGAUGGCAAAAAGAGGGCACAAUAGACUUCUAAUCGAUACAAAGAAAGUCCACUCACCAAACUUACUUUCUCCUGCUGUCUGUGUUUACUUUUUUGUCCAAACCUGAAGUUCUGGUCCUUUCAUCCAGCUUCCCCUUUUUUGUCUAUCGUUUUGUUUUUAUUAUAGAUUUUACUUUUUGCUUUGAUUUGUUUUUGUUUUUGUUUGUUUGUUUCUGGCUCCUGUGAGCAGCGGACUGGAAAGUUAUGGGGAUGUUGUGGUCGGACAGGAGCAGAUGUGCGGUGCUGGACCUGUGUGUUGUGGUGGCGGUGAUGGUGACGGUGCUGCUGGUCCUGGGGGGGCCGCCGAGUGCCUCGGGACAGUACCUGGAGCAGAGGGAACCCGGCUCGUCCUGUUACGGCGGAUUUGACCUCUUCUUCGUCCUGGACAAGUCUGGCAGUGUGCAACACCACUGGAAUGAGAUCUACUACUUUGUGGAACAUUUGGCUCACAAAUUCAUCAGCCCUCAGCUCAGGAUGUCUUUCAUCGUCUUCUCCACAGAGGGACGCAUCCUCAUGAGACUCACCGCUGACAGGGAGAAGAUCCAUUCUGGGCUGCAGCUGCUGGCAGGAGUGGCCCCAGGAGGAGACACUUUCAUGCACAAAGGCCUAACGCUGGCUAGUGAGCAGAUCUACUAUGCGACUGGUGAUGGGUACCGUAUAGCCAGUGUCAUCAUCGCUCUGACGGACGGAGAACUGCGGGAGACACAGUUUGACCUGGCGUCACGAGAGGCCCAAAGAUCACGGCAGCUUGGUGCUACAGUGUACUGUGUUGGAGUGAAGGACUUCAACGAAACCCAGCUGGCAACAAUAGCCGACAGCAAAGACCACGUGUUCCCUGUCAACGACGGCUUUCAGGCCUUGCAAGGCGUCAUCGAUUCGAUCUUGAAGAGGUCAUGCAUUGAAAUUCUGGCUGUUGAACCAGACAGUAUCUGUGCAGGAGAGGUCUUCCAGGUGGUGGUGAGGGGGAACGGCUUCCUGCAUGCUCGCAAUGUGGACCAGAUCCUCUGCAGCUUCCGCAUCAACGACACAGUCACCUUGAUGAAGCGACCGCUUGUGAUUGAGGACACCUACCUUCUGUGUCCAGCUCCUGUGCUACAAGAGGAAGGAACGACGGCCACGCUGUACGUGAGCAUGAACAACGGCCUGAGCUUCAUCUCCAGUGCUGUGACCAUCCGAGCCGAGGCCUGUGUGAGUAUCGCGCCCCCUCCUCAUCCUCCACCUCCACCUCCUGCUCCUCCAUCUCCAUCUCCAUCCACGCCUCCUCCGCCUCCUCCCUCCUCCACCACAACCACCACCACCACCACCACCACCGCGACGCUCUCAACCACCACAAGCACGAGCGCCGCCACGACGCUGGCAUCCCUUCAUCCGCUGCAUCCGCAUCGUGAUUCUGACGGGACGUACCUGGUGAUUGCCCUGCUCAUCCUGCUGCUCAUCCUGGCCAUGGCUCUGCUCUGGUGGUUCUGGCCUCUCUGCUGCACUGUGAUCAUCCAUGAAGUCCCUCCGCCGGUGUUGGAAGACAGUUCGGAGGAUGAGGAGGAUGAUGGUGCCUACCCCAAGAAGAACUGGCCCACGGUGGACGCCUCCUACUACGGGGGCAGAGGGGUCGGGGGCAUCAAGAGGAUGGAGGUGCGCUGGGGAGACAAGGGCUCGACGGAGGAGGGUGCCAAGCUGGAGCUGGCCAAGAACGCCCGCGUGAAGAUGCCCGAGCAGGAGUACGAGUACCCGCCCGCCACACGCACCCUCAACAACGGCCGCCGCAAACCCAUACGCCACAACAAGUGGUACUCGCCCAUUAAGGGUAAAAUAGAUGCCCUCUGGGUCUGGCUGAGAAGAGGAUACGACCGAGUGUCAGUGAUGAGGCCACAGCCUGGAGAGAAGGGCCGCUGCAUCAGCUUCAGCCGAGUGAAGAGCUACCCUCCGCCUCGCUACCCCGUCGUCUACAACCUCCCCUCCACCCCCGUCUACACCCUGCCCCACGCCUACAGUCCCCCGGCCCCCCAGGGAAAGCUGCCCCCCACUCCCUGCCUCACUCCGACGCCCAACGUCGCCUUGCCCCCUCUACCCUCCACCCUCCCCCCAAACACCAUCAGCCCGCCCCCUUACUCCUCUCCUGCCCCAAUCAGGGAGCUCCCUUCCACCUCCGCCUGCUUGCCUCCGCCCCCCGCGCCCCCGUCGCCCCCGUUGCCCCCGUCGCCUAUGGCAACCUUGCCACCUCCUCCCCAAGCCCCGCCUCCGGGAAGGGCACCUCCCCCGACACGCCCCCCACCUCGCCCCUCCUCAUGAUUGCCUCCUGGUCAGGUCAGUGCACCUGUGAGUGUCACCCUUUAAGGAGGAAGGAUUUUUUAUUUUUUUUGCCCAGUCCUUCUAGAAUGUUAGACGAACAUUCUACAGCUUUGUGUUCGAAAUCCGGCAGGGUAUUUGUGACAUCAUAGUGAGAACCCGAAAUUUUUGCAAGAGUUCUAAUCACGUGUAUGCUUUGCGACAGUGCUCCUCAAGGGCGUAAAGGAAAGGACAUGGCUGUGGAUUGAUGCCCAGCGGGGCACGCCCCCUCCUGGCAGAGCCGGGGAUGGAGGACGGGAGUCCAGUGCUGAGAUUGUGGCUCAUCUCCGCAAACCUCACAGCUCCAGCCAUCCUGAAGGACCCAAUGAGGGCUACUGCACUAUGCACUCUUGUUUAUCGAUUUUCUUUUUACGCGCAUCACCCAUUUCUUCUCCCUUACGGUACACACACUCUUUCCUCUAAUAUCUCUUUCUCAAUUUCCCCAUUUCUUUCUUUGCCAUUCUUCUUCUUAUCUCUCUCUCUCUCUCUCUCUCUCUCUCUCUCUCUCUCUCUCUCUCUCUCUCUCUCUCUCUCUAAAGAAUAGAUUUACAUGCAUUUGCAGAACAGUGCACAUUUCAAUAAUGACUUUUUUUGUUGCUGGGUGUGGUACAGUACAUUAUCCUGCAUACUGUACUUGUUUUGAUGUUUUGAUGCUUGGUGAAUGAUGCUACAGCUACCUAUGCCAAUGCCAAAGGGAGAUGGGAAAAAGGACAAAGGUUGUACCUGCUUAUAACUUGAAUAUCUCUCAUUUUUUUAAGCCCAUAGAGUGGAUGCAGAAAUGUUUAAGCUAAAGCCUCAUCCCAAAAUGCACAAAAGGACAUUUAAAGCUUACAAACAUUUACCGUAUGUGCGUGCGGAUCUUGGUUGCUCAUUUGAGUGUGUCUGUAUGGGAGUGAAUGUCAGAGUGCUUCCCACUCCUUGGAGGGAACAGGAGAGUUAUGAUAAUUUGUUAGCUUGCCGCUUGUUGUCUAUCUAUAUGCUCAGUCUUACGGACAAGUGCAUGUAUGAGUUAAAAUGACAGCCCAAAGGCUCUGCCUGUAAUGACCACACGCGCACACAUAAUGACACGGACACAGACACAGACACACACACACACACACAGAGUCGCACAGACAGACACACACUCUCCGGGAUGCCUCUGAAAAAGUCUUUUUUUUCUGCAGAACACAUCAGGUCACGCCACCAUAUGUGCCUUAAAUUGAUAAUUGCAAGAUACGUCUCUUGAGUUACCUGGUAAUGGAAAUAGCUUAAAAUAACGCUGGAUGGAGUACUCUCACAUGUUU